AUGAGCUUGAAACAAUUUCCAAGUAGGAAGGUUUUCGAUGAAUCAUUUGUUACGGACCACGGCACUAUCCCAAACGAGAGGUUGGUGGGGAAAGUCUAUGAUUGUGAAUUGGCUUGGGAAGUGCUUGAAAACAGGAGGACACAAGUACAAGAGAAAACAUUCACCAUCUUGACUGAUGGUUUGAAUGAUGUUGCCAACAAUGAGGCAAGUAGAAUAGCUAUCAACGCAGGGCUUAGUAUUGAUGCGAAGACCAAUCUCCCGAUGGCUAUCAAACGGUAUGGAAGGACGAAGUACUUGGAGUUUCGAGCUUACGUUCUCUUCCUUGUGGCGUUUACUGUGGUUACUUUCAUUAAGUACGACUACAGCAAUGGUAGCAUGCUACUUCAAAGCGCACAGAAAUCCAUUUUUUCUAUUCAUUUUGAUGCAUUUGAUAAAACCAAGACUUUUGAGGAAAUCGUUGACGUUGACGAUUUCUGGAACUUCUUCUCUGCAGGAUUGAUGAACUUGUUGUUUGCCUGCAAGUAUGAUCCAAAGACUAUGGUGGUCAGCGAUGCUUCAGAUGCUAAGUCAGGCAUCUUAUACGUGCACGGUCAAGACCCACUGAUCCAGCCAGUCCGGAUAAGGCAACUGCACGUCGACAAGCAAAGUCCAAUAACAUGCCAGAACAACAAAUUCAUGUCUAGCGAGCUCGACGGCUGUUGGCCUGCUUACAAGGCUCAGUUUGAGAGCAAAGCUCCCCGGAGUGGAUGGCCGGCUGGUUCGAUGCUGCAGUAUCAAACAGGGAGUCAGCUGAAAACGUUUCCAUUUGGAGGGUACAACGCGACUAUGAUCUAUCCCGGCGGUGGUUAUGUGAUUGACAUUCCCUUGUUGACAAAGCCAGAAGAAGUUACAAGCAUGAUUGAAUACCUCAAGAGAAUCUAUUGGGUAGACCAAGGAACUCGUGCAGUAUUCAUUGACAUAGUAUCCUUCAACAGCGUCUUCAGUUUCUAUCUUUCUACUAGGAUAUUCUUUGAAUUCAUGCCGUAUGGUGAUGUUCGUCCUUCUUAUUCUUUCAGGGUUUUCAAGGCAGCAUAUGUGUCAGGUCAACGAGUAGAGGUCAUUCUAUACUAUAUGGAAUAUGGAUUCUUUGCUUUAGCGAUGAUGCACCUCCUACUUGAACUGAACACCUUGCGAAAGGUAGGUAUUGAGAUCCACUACAGCAAUUACUAUCACUUCUUCAACAUAGUAAUCUAUGCAUUUUACUUCGCUUGGUUGGCCACUAAAGUUAAUCUAGAACAAACUCCUGGAAUGCUUUCCCUCAACGAAGUCUUUACGUCCUUGGACAAUCUUGACGUGAAUGACUUUGAGUAUGUCGGCUUCCUCUACAAUCAGGCACAAUGUCUACUUGCAUUCAUAUCACUCUUUGGCUGGUUGAAGCUACUUGAAUUCCCCAAGUACAUAAGUCGAUCAACAGAGCUCAUCAUUCAUAUUCUUUGGAAGUGUGGGCAACAAUGCAUUCCCUGGUUUUUCAUUCUCCUUAUCAUCAUUCUUGCGUAUGCACAAGCAUUUUAUCUUGCGUUUGGCCCGGAGGUUGAUGGCUUUGAAAGUUUCAAUCAAGCUCUCUCCACUCUUGUUACGUGGACUUUCAACGUUAUUUCCUAUCGAAACGUGAUAUCCUUUGAUCAAUUUCUGGCCAGUGUACUGUUUAUCUCGUUUCAGGUCACAUACGCCAUCAUCUUAAUCAACAUGUUCGUCGUCACACUGAUGCAAUCUUACUAUGAAAUGAAAAACAAGAAGUAUGAAGACUACAUCUCCUCAGAGAUCCGCAAGCAUGCUAGAAUUGUUCUCUUGAGAUGGCUUCAGAUUCUGUUAAUGUUCAUACCAAGUUUCAAGUUUUCAAGUGACAGCGAAAAUGAUGACGAGUUGAUCGCAGCCAAAGAAAUAGCAGAAGAAAAUGCUGAACAGGAGAAAAUGAAUCAGAUAGUUGAAUGGAGUUGGCAAGAAUUUGAGAAUGUGAUACAUCAAGUCUCUAUGAUCGCAGACUCUGUGAAGGAUUUGAAGGCAAAAACCAACAAUGUGUUGAAACGAGAAUAUCAGACUGACGGCUUGCUCAACGGGAAGACCGGGGACUACCGAAGGAUGUCGGUUUACUCGUUACAAGAUAGGGACGGAAGAAGCCCUGAUCCCGGUCCAACAAUGGGGAACUCGAUUGAUAGAGAAUAUAUUGAGGAGAGGAGUCCUCGAUGAAAAUAGGAAGUUAUGUAUCUUGUUGUAAAUAUGAAUGUGUG